GACCGGGGGGUGGGUAACGUCUGUUGUGUUGCCGGGGGAGGUUUGCGGAAGCGUCUCACGAAGAUGGCGCUGGCCGAGGCUAACUCUCGGUACUCGGAGGGGGCCGUUGCCGCCGCCUCCGCCGAGCGACUGGACCCUCUGUCCCGCUUCACCUGCCCUGUGUGCCUGGAGGUGUUUGAGAACCCGGUGCGGGCGCCCUGCGGCCAUGUCUUUUGCACGCCGUGCAUUCAAGAAUGUCUUAAACCAAAAAAGCCAGUUUGUGGAGUUUGCCGCAGUACCCUGUCUCAUGGCAGCAGAGCUUUGGACUUGGAAAAGCAAAUUGAAAUGACAGAAGCUACUUGCAAUGGCUGCAAUAAAAAAAUGAACCUCUCAAAGCUGCGUGGCCAUGCAGCUGCUUGUACAAAGUACCAGAAUUACAUAAUGGAAGGUGUUAGAGCUGUGACUAAAGAUCCAUCACAGGAUGCCAGGAGUGUUCCAAAUAGAUUCACAUUCCCUUGCCCUUAUUGCAGUGAGAGAAACCUGGACCAGGAAGGACUGGUGGAACAUUGCAGAAAGUACCAUAGCAUGGAUGCAAAGCGCGUGGUUUGCCCGAUUUGUGCAGCAAUGCCCUGGGGCGAUCCAAACUACAGAAGUGCUAACUUCAUGGAACAUAUUCAACGGCGGCAUCAGUUUUCUUAUGAUACUUAUGUGGAUUAUGAUGCUGAUGAAGAUGAUACAGUGGCUGAAGUUCUGGUCCGUUCCUUAAUGGAACAAUGAAUUAGCAAGAAAUUCUACAUACUUGGCUUCCACUGGGGAAAAAUACUAGGGACUGUUCUUCCCCAAGAUGCUUUGGCAUCCAUAAACUAAUUUCCUUGGUUCUUGUUCUUGCAGUUUCCAUACUUGAUACUUGUUCUCUUCUAGUGCUACUUCUCUUACUCCUUACCUCUCCAGAAUAUCUUUAUUUUAUUUUAAUCUUCUGAGAGCCUUUUUUUUUUUGGCUCGGUUUCCUUCCAUUUCAACUUCUAAGGCCUACACUGUAAAUCAUCAGGAGUUUGGCAAUAACUUCACUUGCAAACAUCUACCAGUAUUAUUGUACUCUUUUACAGAACUGGGCACUAGAACUUCAGUUUUCCUACAUGUGUAAAGAUUUUCAUUACUAGAUUAAAAUUUUGGAAAUAGUUA